AUGCGGCCACCUCCUGGCCCUGCGACGGCCCCGGGGCGCGAAGGCGACACUCGAGGCCCGAGGAAGCGAGGCCGGAGGCUGGCGCCAGGGCCCGGCGAGGUGGGAGGUUGCGGCCCUGAGGUUAGGGGGCGCGAGGAGAGCAGGCACAAGAGGAGAAUGGUGGCCUGGAUGUCUGGGAAAGAAGAGGUGGAAAGUGACAGGUUGGGCAAGGAAAAAGGAAAAGUUACUGAAGCCUCAAGUGAUGAUCCACAGCCAGGGAUUGACCUGGUAAGAAAGGAACCAUUAAACAGUUCGGAAUCUUCACAAACUGUGGAGUGCAGUGAAUUUCAAAGUGUGCCUUUCUUGCAGUCUUUGGAUAAGGAAGGUUUGGUAGAAGGUAUUAAAAGAAGAUUUCGAGUUAAAAAAAAAAGUUCAGAAAGCCCACCUCUCAAAAUAACUGAAAAUGAGGCAAAACAAAACAUCAAGCCUGAAUCCCAAGAUGAACUGUACAAGAAUACUCCAAAAUAUUCUUGUAACAGCUUGUCACCUGGAAUAGAAAAUAAUUCCAUUUUUAAAUUGCAUGGUUGCAAUUGUUUGCCCCAUUCUAAGGUUUGUAAUAAUGAAAACAACCUAGCACUUAAAUUUGACAGUAGAUGUAUACAUAUAGCAAAAAAUUCCUUGAAGUUAAAGAAAGAAAACCUUAGGAGUCUUGCAGAGAAGAAUGAAACAGAUGGUAUUCCUAAGCUCUUACAAAGUGAAGAAAACUUAAUAGGAGCAAAAAAGCUACUGCUUGAAGAAAGUGAUCCAUACCAAAGUAAAAAUAAUGGCUUACUUUCCUGCCUUCAAAGUGAAAAAAAUAAAUAUUCAACAGAAGAGAGCAAUUUUGGAAGAAAACCCAGGAAAAAGAUGAAGUUGUCUGAAAAAAGAGAAGAAAUAGCUAUUGCAACUAACUUCUCUAAUGUGCAUAGUAAGUCUGAGUUGGCUUUGCAGGAAAGCCAACUGGAUAUAGAGAGGAAAGAAGUCGAGACUGUAGAGACUAAAAACAAGCCUUUAAAAGUUUUGAGAAAAGUAAAUCAUAAUCCGCUUUCUCCAGUGGAUCAUGUAUUAAGACUUCCAGAAACAGCAGAAGAAAAAGCAAGUCCUGGACAUCAUGUAGCUGCUGUGUUUCAGGAAACUCUUGAGCCACAUUUGAAAGAUGAAACAAAGAAUGCUUCAGAGUCCUUAGGAUGUAAAAGUAUGGAACCAAUGACAAGCUCUACAGUGAAGUCACCUAGGGGUAGCCAUCAUAUUGAAAAGAGAUCUUCAUGGGAAGAUCUGAGAAUUGACACUGAAGAAUCAAAGGUAAGCUGUCGCAGAACAAUACCAAUAUCUGGCAAACGAGUUUGGCCUUGUUAUUCUUGUGCUAGAACAUCUGCCUGGUGUUGGAAAAAGACUUCCUUGCCAGACUCAAAUUACUUGCUUCCUAUGUCUGUGGAAAAUGUUAGGCAAGAUGAUUUUCUUACACACCAAACAAACCAGACUCUCUUCCCUGAUUCGAAAUUAUUGUUACAAAAUUCCUCAACAGAAAAGAAUACUGAAUCCUCAAGUAAAGAAAAUUGUGACUCUAAUUUAAAUUGUUUGUCUUUAGUUUCUGGAGUAGAUCCUACUUUAGUUAUAAAAGAACAUGUAAUUAGUGAGACAAAGUCAGAGGAACCCAGUGGAAGUGGGUCAGAGGUAGUUUCUAAUACUACCGGAGACAUUCAGUUAACUAAUGUGACUCAAAGCUUAACAGGAAGUAAGAAAAAGGAGAGAGGGAAUUUAACAAAACUUAAUUUGUCUAUGACUUCCCAAGAGGGCCAGGAAGCAGAUAACUCUACUAUAAAAACUAUUCAUCGAAAAGCCUGCAGUGCUAAGCAAACACUUGUGAUUCCAGACUUGGUUAAAAUUUUGAACACAGGACGGCUGACCAAUUUUAAAAUUCCUUUACUGAAGAAUAAGACAGGUAAAAGAAAGGUAAAUGCUAAGACAUCAGAGAGAGAAGCUUACAGUCCCCUAGAACUUCUUGACAAUUUAUCUGGAACAGAGACAAGACCGAAUAGGAAUAAAGAAAAUGUCUCCACAGCAACUUCAGGACCUCAGUCUUUGAGCAUACGAAAUAAUAUGACUCCAGGGCAAGCUUUUUCUGACUUGUUCUACAGUAAGAAUUAUUGUAGCAUCUCUCCAAGCUUUACAAAACAAGGUGAUGAUAAUAAACCAUCUAAUCCCAUCUCUGAAGCAGGCAAUAUUGUUUCUAAUAAGGAACCUGUUUCUCUCACAAUUGAAAAUAAUACUUUUUCUUGUGAUCCUGGGUGUAUAGAGGAAAAUUCCUUCUGCUCUAAGAAACAAAAACCAUUCAAGCCAAUUUCCUCUGAAGUUAGUGGUAGAAAAAUGACUAAGAGAAUUUCAGAAAUCAAAGUGGGGUUUCCAGAUAUUCUUAAAGCAUAUGAAGAUGAUGUCCUCUUAAUUGAUGUAAUUCAAGAUGACCCAGAGCUAUUUGGAGUCUCCAGUGAAGGGGAUCUCUCGUUUGCUUCAGAGGUUCCCAGGAUAGGCCAGGAGCCCAAUGUUGCUGAAGAGCACCAGUCAGCAGACUCUAAGUAUGUGGAACUUCCAGAAAGAAAGCCUGGUGAUUUGAGUAAAGAACUUCCUAUAUUGGACCCUGGAUUGAUGAAGUCAGAGGUCUGUGCUUCUUUGUCAAAAGCAAAUGAGAUAAAACAUGAUUCCAAAAGUGCAAACAUUUCCUUAGGAGAAGCAGCUAAUGAGACUGCUGAAAAUGAAAAAUUGGGAGAACUCAGUGAUCAAAUCAAAGGUUCAGACAUGGAUGAAAAGUGUAGAACUUCAGACAAGGCAACUAUUAAAGAAGAAAAAGAAAACAAUUGCGAAGUUUUCAAAAGCAAAGAUUAUAAAAAUGCAGAAAUUGAGGUUGGUGAAUGUCAGUUAGUAUCAGUGGGCCCCAGACCUCUGUGCUUGCCAUUGCCUCCUUUGAAUCGAAGUGGUCAUCAGGAAGACACAGUACCAAAGCCCUGGAUGAAUGAUUUCAGAUUUCCGGGAAGACAUUCUGUCUUACAGCUGCAGAAUCCUGAAACUUGUGAAAUAUUUAAAAGAGAAAAAAAUAUAGGGGUGUUCCAGAAGCCCCUAGGGUUGAUGAUUCCCCAUAGAUAUUGCAAAUUUCAUUUUAAUACAUUACGCGGCUGUGAGCGAUCACAAUGCAAGUUUGCUCAUGUGCCUGAGCAAGGGGACGAAAAGGUUUGCAUGGAUGUGUUUAAGAAAUAUAUAAGUAUCAAUGAGCUGUGUUUGCUACAACGUGCAGUAAGCAUAUUUAUGGAGUACUACAGAAAAUUUCCUCCGGGUGUAUACUUUGAAUUACAAGUGCUAAAUGACCUUCUAAUUUCUUUACUCGAGCGUUGUUUAUUGAAAGAAGUAUUUCAGGUGGUAAACAUCAGCAUAAUGUGUAAAAUGCUGCCUGCUCUGAAUAUAAUACUAAAAAUAUUUGAGUAUGUGGCAACUAUGAAAUUAAGGAAUGCCGUACCUGCUUUAAUUGAUGUUUUUUGCAAGUUAGUUGAAGCUGGGAUAAUGCUUGAGCCAGAACACUUUAACUAUAUUGUUACACUUUUAUACCAAGCACAGGCUUCCAAACAAGAAAUGACUGCAGUUCUGGAAAUUAAAUCCAGGUUACAAAUGAGACAAUUUAAAAAGAACUGGAAGUAUGAUUUAGAUUCAGCCUUGAAUGAAAUAGAGAAUUAUAAAGAAAAAGGUGACUGGACCAAAUUGGGAAACCUGUACAUUAAUAUAAAAAUGGGCUGUGAAAAAUUUGCAGAUUUCCAAAGAUUUUGUACUUGUAUUGCUGAAACACUCACAAAAGACUAUAAGGAAGAAAGACCAGGUGUUCCUUUUUGUGAAUUUGCUGAAGCAGUUAGCAAAGAUCCACAAAAUAGUGAAGUAGAUAAAACUUUGCUGGGAAGAAUCGGAAUCAGUGCUAUGUACUUCUAUCACAAGCUGUUACAGUGGUCCAAGGGAAGAAAAGUCUUAGAUAAAUUAUAUGAGUUAAAAAUACAUUUUACAAGUUUAAAAGGACUUAUAGGGCCUGAGAAAUUAGCACCAAGAUGUCAAAUUGUGAACAUUGCAGCAGAAAUUUUUCUAAAAAGUGGAAGCCUGGAUGGUGCCAUUUGGGUAUUGAGGGAAUCAGAAUGGAUAAUCAAUACACCGCUUUGGCCUUGUGAUAGGCUGGAUGUGCUUAAUCGACAUAACUUGCUUUGUACAAUCGCACAUGAAAUCUUAGCCAAGAGCCUUUACAGACAAACAUUUGAAGUUUUGCAGAACCUACCAGGUUUUCAGAAUUCUCAAGAAACCAUGGAGGUCUCACAGUAUAGCCUUCUUUUUAAUAAACUUCUAGAUGCCUGUAUAGAAAGUAACAGUCUUGGCAUGUCAUCUUCUGUAGCAGAAUUCAUGAUUUCAAAGAGCAUUCCUAUUGAUUUUUCCUUUCUUAGAAGAUUAAUUACUUCUUUAGGAAGGAGUUGUUUAUGGCUCAAGGCCAGAACUCACUACAAAAGUGCUCUUUCAUUGGGUUGCUAUCCACCAUUAGAGGGAAAUUUAUACCGAAAACUUCUACUGAUUCCUUCUUAUUUAUCUGAGAUUGAAAUGCUUUUAGCUAUCGAAAUCUUCCUGGUAUCUAAUGCUAGUAGUAUUCAGAGUCCUGGAACUUCUACACAGAUGCUUCAGAUAGUUUUGAAAAGAUGUGAAGAAAACAAAUCACGAAGCAAGGAUGAUUAUCAAGCUGCAGUAGAAAGAUUAAUUAUGGCUGCUCGGAUAUCAGAUCCAAAGCUUUUCAUUAAGCACAUGACUGUCAACGUUAAUAAGGAGCAGGUUUACAGUUUGGAACAGUGUUCUGCCUUGAAGUGGUUGAAAGAAAAUAUGAAGUGGGCUGGAAAGGUUUGGCUUUUCACUAACCAUUAG